AUGAUGGCUCCAAACACCUACUUCAACUGGGACGCUAUUCAAAUUUCAAACCUCUUCUAUGAAGUCAUGCAGGAAGAAAUAACAACGCCAAACCUCCAACACCUUUUCUCCUACUCAGAUGAAAGCUCUUUUCUUUCAAACGGGCUUUUCGAGCCGUACAUACACCCUUCUUAUGAUUCCUUUGCUUCUCUUACUCGUCGUGACAGUUUUCCAAUUCAAGAAGAUUACCAUCUUCCACCAUGUCCCAAACGUCAAAAGUUAUCCCAUGAAAGAGAAAUCCACUCCUCACUGCAAGACUUCACACAAACAGUGCUUCCAUCCGAUUACUUAGAGGGGUUUGCUGUGCCUUAUGAUACUUGUUAUUCCUCGCAGACAGAGCAGCUGCAACAACACGUCUCCUCCUGUGAGUUUCCACCACAAUGUGUGGAUUUUCAGUUUGAGAAAACAGGAAAUGAAAAAACCAUAUCUCGACAGAGCGUAGCAGCACGUGACAGAAGAAGAAAGAUCACUGAGAAGACCCAAGAGCUUGGGAAGUUGGUUCCUAGAGGACCCAAGAUGAACACAGGUGAGAUGUUUCAUGCAGCUGCAAAGUAUGUGAAGUACCUUCAAGCACAAGUUGAAAUGCUUGAACUCAUGCACUCCCUCGAGAGAGAUCUGGGCAUUCGAUUAGAGGAAGAGAAUAUGGAGAAGGAGAAAGCAGGAGUUGAAACGCUACGGGGUCUGGUUGUGUCUCCGUUUGUUGAAGAGAUAUACAGAGAGGAAAGCAGUGAAAUUGGGGUUCAUUCAACUGCUGCAAAGUGGUUCAAUCUCUACGCAACGAAACUGCACGAUGUUCAAAACCUUACUGACAUAAUUCAUGGAACCAAGUUGCAUCAUGGUCAUGACUGGCAUCAGCAUGAGGCCAUCAAACUGUGGACUUUAUACCAUAGGUAA